UGAAGCUGGAUACACUUCCUGAAUAGGCAAUUCAAAAAAUGUACAGGUGUACCAAUGGGAUAAGAAUUUAUGAAGUGGUAGAAAAGUAAGGGCUGACUAACGAGGCACCCCCCAGCAAACAAAUACUUUUAUGCCAUACCCAGCUUGCCUUUAAAAGCAGGUUAUCUAUAGAUGAAACUUAAGUCAAUCUAGUGAUUGAAGAGCAAGGGUGAAUAAGCUUGAGAGUCCCCGAGUAUGCUGACAGGAUGCCUGACGGCUCGACUAUAUAGCGUCCUACUCAAUAGACAGGCUAUUUUCAUGAUGUUCCAGGAAGGGAACGCCCCGCCUAGCCGUAGGGUAGUGAUAUGCGACAGAUCUCAUAAAGAAAUCUCUGGCGAGAAGUCGUUGGCUCGCUUCGUAACCUCAAGGUGCAGUGCGCAGAUCUUAAGAGCUGAGGUAGGCGAGGGUGUACACAUUGUUCUCCACUGUUGUUGGCAUUAUACCCGCGUAGACGAUACCAUAAUCUCAGAAGAUGUGGGUCCACUGACAUCGAUGUGUGCGUGGAUAGUAAGCCUAACAUGCUGCGUGCGCAGGCCGAGCCAUGUGAGACAUGGACCAAUCCCAACGUUGCUGCAAAAGGUGCAGCCCACUUCAGCACUGGGCCUGGCUAUUGCUAUGAAGUCACGCAACUAUGCGAGCAUGGAUAAGUGCAUAAGUCAUGCAUAUACGAAUGCAUCAAUCCCGCAUUAGAUGGAUGCAUAAAGCAUGCUAGGUUCGAGGAUAAGAUCAAGGCAUUGUUUGGGCUGUACACACAAUGACCCAGCGUCAUGGUGUGCAACGCUUCGCUCCGGAAUAGGCCAAUACCUCAGUUAGGAAUACAUGGCUGGUCUUUGCUUGUCUCAACGACCAGCGCACGCUACCGUUACGGGCGUGUAAUCAGCUAUCACAUAAGUUCACGUGCAGUACAAUUUCACGGGACUCAUGCGUGUGGACUGACAUCACGAC